AUGGCAUGUCCCGUCACAAUGCGGAUGCAGCUCUGUCUUCCAAGGGGUCUUUCAUUCCGUACACAGAGCCAACAAAAGAAUCCACACUUCCAUUCCUUUAUUAUUACCAAAGAGGACGGUUCACGCACAUAUGGUGCUGCAUAUGUAUUUUACGAGGAAGUCCAAAAUGACCAGAUUUGUGCGGCUAUGCAAACUCUGCAAGCCAUGCAUCAUGCUGAAUUGAGCAAUGCACAGUCGCGCACUUUAUACCCAGAAUUGGAAUCCUCUCUUGAACAGAGCCCCAUGACACACCGCAAGGCCAGGCCACGCCCACACACCAUCUAUGACAUCAACAAUGACAAGCUCUAUGUAACAAAAUGUGUGGCAUUGAUUUCUCAGUUACCAUUUGUCUAUUCUGCCCAACAGUACUUGAAACAGCUCCAUGAAGCUGUUACGACAGAAUCACAAAAACAACUACCUCUUGAAUGCUAUGUCUAUAAUAUUCUCUAUGAAGUUCCUUUAACGCCACCUGGUCGAAGCAUGAAAUUUUAUGGUGUGACGCAGCCAAUUUUCUGUCAAAGACCAGGUGUGAAUGAGUUGCCUCUGUUUGAUUUCUCCCUCUGGAAACUAUUCCAACUAAUGGACAUCCGCAACAUCCUCAUGGUAUUCCGCAGUAUAUUGUUAGAACAUCAAGUCCUCUUUUACUCUUCAGUAAUUUUAACAUUGCUUGCUUUUCAAUUUGAAUUGGAUUCUUUCUUUCUUUUUUAUCUAUUUUCUUCCUUUCAUCUGUUCCUUCUUUCCUUAAUCUUUUCCUUCCUUUCUUUCAUCCUUUUCUUUCUUCUUUCUCUCUAUUUUUCUUUCUUCUUUCUCUCUAUUUUUCUUUCUUCUUUCUCUCUAUUUUUCUUUCUUCUUUCUCUCUAUUUUUCUUUCUUCUUUUCUCUAUUUUUCUUUCUUCUUUCUCUCUAUUUUUCUUUCUUCUUUCUCUCUAUUUUUCUUUUCUUCUUUCUCUCUAUUUUUCUUUCUUCUUUCUCUCUAUUUUUCUUUCUUCUUUCUCUCUAUUUUUCUUUCUUCUUUCUCUCUAUUUUUCUUUCUUCUUUCUCUCUAUUUUUCUUUCUUCUUUCUCUCUAUUUUUCUUUCUUCUUUCUCUCUAUUUUUCUUUCUUCUUUCUCUCUUUCUUUUUCCUUUGUUUUCUUUUAUUUGUAUUCUCAAAUGUUUCAGAAUUUUUUUUUGUAUCAUUACCAGAAACUGAUGCUAGUGGCUGAGGCUUUAACAAUUGUGAUCUUCCCAUUUACGUGGCAGCAUGUCUAUGUGCCCAUCCUUCCGGCAUCUUUAUCUCACUUCUUGGAUGCACCAGUGCCCUUUAUUAUGGGCCUUUAUCAUGGACAAGAAGAUAGGUCAGAGUUGCAGCUUCCUAGUGAGGCCAGCAUGUGUUUUGUGGAUAUUGAUGACACAACUGUUGAAAUUCCUGAGGAUUUACCGAUGUUUCCACACCAAAAAGACCUAAUGUUGGAAUUAUCAGCUCUCCUCUCACGAUAUCGCAGUGAGUUCAACAAGGAUAAUUAUACUAGCCAGAGUCUUGACAGGCGACUUGUAUACAGCCAACGUAAAGGUGGCAUUCGUAAACCAGGCUCUUCAUCUCUGCUCACAGACUCUCGCAGCUGGAACUCUUCCCCAGAAAAGAAACGUGAAAUCUUGCAGAACAACGAAACAUGGACACGGAUAUCUGCCCUGGCCAAAAAGACAGGUGUGUGGGAUACAAUAGAGGACAUUUCAUCAGACAACAAUUGCAACAAAGAAGCUAUGUGUCAGACACUUUCGAAAGAUGUUUCCACCAUGCCUACGGCCGAGCUGAUAGAACAUAAAUUCAACAAUGCUGUACGUGAGAUUUUCUUGAAUCGAUUUGUGCAUAUGUUCUGCUCGUAUGAGUCAUUUGUCAUUCAGCCAAUGCAAAACAUGGAGCAAUGGCUCAGCAAUCGAGAAAUGAUGCAGAACUUUGACAAGGCAGCAUUUCUCAGUGACCAGCCUGAAGCUUAUCUACCAUUUCUCUCCCCAUUCAUUGAGACACAGAUGUUCACGACCCUCAUUGAUAAUAAAAUCCUCUCCCAGUGGGAAAGCUCGGACCCUUUCUUGAAAGUGUUUGAUGAACGAGUUAAACAGUUCAAAGAAAAAUCCGGGGAGGCUCACACGCCUACGUACCACACAUGUGAUACUAUACAAGAUGCAGGUAAGAGAAAUGAAUGCUUCUUUGAUAACAUGUAA